GAGGAUUUACAAUUUAUAACAGCUGCAGCUGUUGAUCGGGUACGGUGUCGGUGUGUCGUUAUAUUUCGUCCCCUUCGCUGUUGAGUGUUGACAAAACUCGGAAAUCAAAAUGUCUUCAGACUAGAACAACUUGUUUGAUUUAUUAUAAACAUUAAAGGAAAAAAUUCACAAACUUUGUGUCAUAGUUUUUAGUACACUCUGAGACUGUUACCGUGCAGUAUUUUUACAUUAUUAUCUUACAUCGUUAUUGUUGCUCCUAAGAGGCUACAUAUCUACCUGUUACAGCUAAGUACAUCAUAUUAUAUUCCUAUUUCCAGAAACCGAAAUCGAAAAUGUUACUCGUCAAAUGUCUGUGAACCGUAGCGCGUCGUGUUGUUAUCCCGAUAUAUAUAUUUUUUCUCGUCGAUAUGGGAACCGUCGAUUGGAACUCUUUGCCCAGCCUGGCUCUCCAUCAGGUGUUCACUCACCUAUCACCUGAAUCCAGAGUGGCUGCUUCGUCCACUUGCAAACACUGGAGAACCGCCUUAUACCAUCCACAGUUCUGGCACAGUCUGGUGUUAGACAUAUCGUCUGCUGGAACUUCAUAUGCUGAAGUCAAGUCAAAAGUGAAGCAUGCCAAUAAGAAUCUAGUGACGUUGGUACGUGACAUCCACCUUGCAUUUGAUUCCCGGAGCACGCAGUGCUUUGAAUUGGCUUCAUCUGUAAUUAAGGCAUUAAUGGGCAAUGAACUGUUGAGGAACGUUGAUAUUGAGCUUAACCACUGUGAGCUGUCAAAGGAUGAAAUAUUUCAGUACAGGUGGUCAAUUCAAAACUAUUUUGAGUUUGCCAUUCUCAAUGUUGUGCAGAAAGGAAACAUCGAAGGGUUUAGUUUUGGAUAUUUUAUGUUUUACUAUUGGAAUGCUUUGAUUCAUAUGCUAUCGAAGUACAGUUGUGAUAGCUUACAACGUUUGGAACUAGCUGGAUUGGGACCAUCAAUUUUUAACGAAGAGAGCAAAACUACAUGUUUUAAUUCUACCUUUGAUAGUAUGUCGUCACUAAUCAAUUUAAAGAAAUUAAGUUUAGACCUAAAUUCCAAUACGUGCAAAUUGCUUCCAGCAUUAUGUUCAAUGUCUCAAUUGGAAAUCCUUGUCUUACACGUUCAUAAUGAGUUGGAUAUAGAUAUAAGUGAUGAUAUCUGGGCAGAUAUUAAAAAAUACUGCCCUAAACUUGAAUUAAGAUUAACAAUUAUCAACUGUCAUAUUGUUGCUAAACAUCUUCAUACUAAAUUACUUCGUCCAUCAAUGCCAUUAACACAUCUCAAAGUUCUUUUUUGUAAUGUGAUAAAUGUUGAAGUAUUACAUAGAUUAGUGGACUAUAGAAAUACUUUUCAAUCAUUAAUUUGGGUUGACGAACAAUCAAUGAAUCCUGCUGGCUUACUUAAAGGACAUUGGCAUCUUGAACCAUCUCCAGAUGAUAUUGAAACUAAUCCGUUGAUAAUAUUAUCGUGGGUUUGCAGCAAAAUUACAGAACUUGUUGUAUUGGGAUAUUUUAUUGAACCAGUGGAUGUAUGUGGAAUUGCAAGACUGAGAGGUUCUAAUUUGAAGAGGUAUGAGUUAUUAGAAGAAGAUAUUUGCUUUCAACAACCACAAAGCGAAAUGAUUUAUGAUGAAGUUGUUUUAGAUGUAUCAAAUUGGAUGGAAACAAAUUGGAAACCUUUGAAUAAAAAUAAUUUAUUUGUAAGUCAUUCGCAUUAUAUAUUGCAAUGUAUUUCAAAAGAUUUAACAACAAAAUUAGAUAUUAAUUAAUAUUUACCACAAAAAUAACUUAAAAUACCAAUCUUUAAUUUACAUAAUAUACUAUAUUUUGUGGUCAGUAUUAAUAAAUUAGUUUAAAAAAAGGUUAUACUUACAAAACUAAAUAUACACUUUAAAAAAUCUGCUUAGAAAUAUGACUCUCAGUAUAUAAUAAUAACAAACUAUAAUUUUACAUAGUGGUUGUGUAGUUAAAAAAUUACUGUUGCAAAUAAUGUUUAAGUAAUAUGGAAGUAUCUAUCUAGAAUUAUAAUUCAAAAAUUUAUUAGUUAACAAAUGUAAAGCAUUUAAAAAAAAUUUAAUUUUAAUAGGAAAAAAAUACUUUAUCAUUACUAUACUGUCACAUCCUAAUAUACUCUAAAAACAAAAAUGUUAAAUUAUAAAUAUUGUUUAAAAAAAACCCAAUUUCAAUCUAGUCCUAUUUUAUUUUUAUUAAUAAUUUUUUUUUUUAAGUCAUUGUUUAAUAUCCAUUAUUUAUGGCAAUCGUAAACAAUUUUUCUGUUAUUGAUUCGUUUUUAAUGUUUUUUUUUUUUUUUACUGUAGAAGUUUUUUUUAAAUAAUAUGAAAUAAUUUUAAAAAGGAAAACACCUUAUAAUUUCUUAGUUGCUUUACAAAAUACAAACAAUCUAAUAAAAGAACAUUUUUAAAUUUUUACUUAUUACAUAUUAUAUAUUUUUUACACUAAUUUUAUGAUAUGUGAAAUGUUCAGUUAAAAGAAAAGUUAUUUAAAUAAGUAUAAUAAUUAUAUUUAAAGCAAAAAAUGUUAUUUAAAAAUCUAAUAACCAUAAAAAACACUAUUGAAAGUUACCAAGGUACAUUUUUAAUUUACUUUAUGUAUUGAUUAUUAUGUUACAAUAUCAGUGUUAUACACUAUUUCAUUUAUUUUUCUAUUACAUACAUACUUAAUAAAAAAAUGAAACAUGAUAAAACAGUUGUAAUAUUCUGAUAGUUUCUGUCAAUUUCAUUAUGUAUUUUUACUCAAUAAUAUACCACCAAGAUCAAUUUUUUAUGCAAUGAUCAAUCCAAUUGCUUCAAAAAAAAAAAAAAAAAAACAUUUGUUUUCAAUAACUAUAAAGACAAAAUAUUUGUAUUGUAUUAAAUUAGCAAAAGUGUUCCUACCACAAACUUUAUAACUAUGUGGUUCUACUUAUAUGACGAGUGCAACUCAAAAAAGCACAUUUUACUGAUUAGACUGUGAUAACAUCUGUUAAAAUAUGUACAACAUUAUAGUGUUUAGGCAAUUAGAACUGGCCGUAACUAGAACGGACCAUCAAAGAGUUGUUAAUAUUGUUAAAAUAAUAUUGUUGUUGAAAUGUGUUUAUUAAAAUAUAUAUAUAUUAUAAUAUCAUAAAUGUAAAAGAACGUGAUUUUAGAAAUAUUUGAUUAAUUAAGAUCUAAACGACUGUGAUGUUUAAAAAGAUCAUUUCUUAUGUUGUUAAUGUAGGUUAAUUGUCUAUAACCAUUUUAUAAAAGAAGUAAGAACUGUAACAAUUGUUUUGUUAAUUAUUUAAAUUUGUUACAAUGUAUUUGUGUGAAUAUUUUUCAACAGUAACACAAGUAACACAAACAAAACUAUGACUGAACGAAUAUGAUAAAAACAUUCGUGAUAGACUAUACUUGUUAUCAUAAAAAAUUUUUUAUUCUGUGAUCGAUAACAAAAUUUUUUAAAAGUACGUAUUCAAAAUCUUAAAUUAAAAUCCUUUGUUUUCAACAAACUAAAACUCAUUGAAACAAAAAAAUACGCACUGAUUUUUAAUUUCUUUUAUUUCUUUUUAUUAUAUUGUUAUCCAACGUUCAUAUUGGAUUUUAGUGAAUUAAUUAUUAUUUUAUUUUAUUUAUACUCUAUAUGUUGAUAUUAUGAUUUUAAAAUAUAUUAAUUGAUAGUCAGAAAAUGAAAUAAAAAUUAUCAUUUUUAUUUUAUAUUUAAAAUUUUAAAAUAGGUAUGCCUAUUGGCUAUUAUAGUUGAUUAAAAUACACUUAUAUUUAUAUUACCUUUAUGAGUAUAUACUAGGUAUUUAACCUUUAUUUUUAUAGACAAUUAAUACCCAAAAUAUUGUUUAAAAGUAUGUAUUUACUUUCAGUCAAGUAUUGUACUCUUAGUAUCCUAAUGACGGUAAAAAAUGUAUUUGUAUAUUCACUCAUGAAUUUUUAUGCCUAUGUUUAUUGUUAUAUCUAGCUAAUUAUAUUGCAUAUAAUAUUAUACUAAUGUGUUGUUAACAGACAAAAAAUAAAUAAUAAUUUUUAUAACAAAUGCAGUGUUAAAACUAUGUGGAGGUAAUAAAAAUAUUAUAUUAUAUUAUAAUUUAAAUAUAUCUUGUAAAUCAUAUUUUAUUGGAAUUUGGUCACUUCUAUAUUGUAUGUUUAAUUAUCUAUCAUCCUAUUAAAUUACAUUUUAGUGUGCACUUAUACAAUUGUAUUUAUGUUUAAAAACUGUUUUGUGUAUUUUUUUUUUUUUUUAAACCAAAUAUCCAAUACUAUUAGUUUAACUAAAUAUUUAUUAAUGUAGUAACGUACUGUACUGCUUCAAUAUCAAAAUAUAAUUAUUAUCAAUUAAAACAAACUUGAUAAAAUAUUAUUAAUGUUGUUUAACCAUAUGCUAGAAUUUUAAUUCAUUUUUAUUGAUGUUAUUAUAAUAUUUAAGUUUUAAUUUUAUCUUAUUUUUGCUGUGUUAGAUCUUGGUCUUAUAUGAUCUAUAAUUGUUAAUUUUUAUUAAACUUAUAUUUAUGGGUUCAUGGUUAAGUUGGUCAUAAUAUAAUAUAAGUGAUCAACACAUUGUAUUACUCAAAAAUAAUUUACAAAUUUAAAUGUAUCCAUUAUAAAUUAUUGUUAAAUAGAAAUAAUAAAUAUAUUACGAUUCAAAUUGAA